AUGGCGUUAGACGUUUACCUCGUUGUUUAUCGCCGCUUCGAAGCGGAAGCUUUGCGCAGGCUUGAGAUCUACUACAUUACUAGCAUUACAUGUAUUGUGGCAAUUCCUGCUGUCGUAUUUCUCUUCAUUCACACUCCAGAGAAAGGGCCCAUGUAUGGAAGUGUGACGUUCUGGUGUUCAAUUUCUCCAAACUGGGUUCUCUUCCGAAUUCUGUUCUAUUACGGACCUAUCUGGUUCCUCAUUCUUAUCGUUAUGAUUCUGUAUAUCCUCGUCGGGGUCAAAGUCAUCAAGCUUCGACAUCAAUUCAUUGCUUCACAUGCUGAUCACAUUGCUCUUUCUUCCAAUGUCUCCAUCAACAACCACUCUUUUGACCAUUCCAACACCUCUGUCGCCGUCACAGUCGAAGUCGACAUUCAAACCCAGCCCGCACUCUCUUCGGAUGACCAGAAGGGACCCCGAUCCUUCAUCAACCAACCCUCUUCGCCCUCCCCCGUCAUCUUCAAUCACGAACAUUCCAGACAGUCUCACGUAUCUUUUAGACAGUACAUCCUCAUGCCAAUGGUUUUCUUCCUCGUUCUUCUGGCCACAUGGGUUGCCCCCACGAUCAAUAGGAUUUCGGCAUUGGUGAAUCCGAACCAUUCAUCGUAUUCGCUGAUGGUCGCUGUUGGGGCCAUGGGAUCAUUGCGCGGGUUCUGGAACGGGGUUGUGUUUAUUUCGAUUGGGAUGAAAAGUUGGAGGAGAGAAUCAAGGUUCCAGAAAUGGAGACCUGGUGAUAAGGUGAAGGAUAUGGCCAGGCUUCCUAGAUAG